AUGGUGCCGGCGGCGCAGAGGCUUCCCCACCAGCCGGGAGACGCAGAAGGCGCCGAGGCGAGGGGGGUCUCUCCUCCAGGGGUGGGGAGCAGCUCGGAGACGGGAGACAAGUGUCCGGCUCCUCCUUCGGCGGCCAGGGGGCUACACCAUCUCCUCGCACAAAGCCGAGGCGCCGGCCGGGAGUGUGGGAGAAGAGGGCGAGAGAAAGGCUGGGGAGGGGGCGGAGAGGCCGAGGCGCGGAGCUGGUCCCCAAGCGGCUGCCACCUCCCACCUCCUCGUGGUCCUGCUCCUCCUCCCGGAGCUUCCUCGGCCGCCCUCGGAGGGGUGCCCGCCGGGGCCGCGCGCCCGGCCGCCGCUCCACAGGCCCGCGCUCGCCGCGCCGCCGCCGAGGCCGUGUGCAACCGGCAGCUGCUGCAGCCGCGGGAGGAGAGUCGGGAUCGCCGCGAGGAGCCCGGGAGGAGGGGGCGGCGCGGGGGGAGGGGAGAGAAGGAGAGGCGGGGGGCCGGGCGCGCUCCCACGCGCCGGCGGCCGGGCCCCCGCCGGACUGCGGAGAGAGAGGCUGGGAGGGAGCGAGCGCGACGGCGGCGGCGGCGGCGUAGAGAGGCUCUUUGUUGCCUCCCUACCCCGCCCCCUGCACCCCCCCUGGGAUUCGGGGCGGGCCACCCCCCCGCCCAACACCUCCCGCCAGUGUCGGCCGGGGUUCCUCGCCCGCGGUUGUCCUUGACCGUCGGCCCCCUCCCCCUCGCCUCCCGCUCCCCAGAGGCUUGGGGAGCUCCGAGGCCUCCCCCACGGCCGCGGAAUCCCAGCGUGCUGCGCCGGUGGAACGAGCUGAUGUGCACACUAGGUAUAGGGAUGACUUCAUCCCCAAACGAACGCAGCCGACUCUCAGGGAAACGCAGUCGCCGGGAGACGCGCGCGGAACAGUGUGUUGCCGCAAGAGUGGAAGAAGAGAAACGCAGCCAGUGGAGCCACUUUCCAGCGUCAUUAGCAAAGAGGGAAUCCCGGGCAGGGGGCGGGGAGAGAGAGGAACUAAUGAUAAUUUAAAAUUUUUCGUCAUUCCCAAUGGUCGUGAGGUCACCUCCCUUAAAAAGUAGAUGUAAAAUACUGGCGAGGCAAUUUCAUUUCAAGUCAAGUCGGGGAGGAGGGCAUCCAGGAAGCCAGAAUUGAUCGUUGUUGAAGGUUUUGUUUUCGGUUUUAUUUUUAAUCUAAAAACAAAUCCAAUAAUAAAAUUUUUAACUGUACGAA